AUAUUCAAACCAGUAAUACCGGUAGUGUUAUGAAUCAGUGCCAUAGUAACAACAUAUCCAGAAAAUGUCCAAACAUGUAGAUAAAAAAUGUGUUGCAUGGGAUAUGUCCGUUUGACACCAGUAAAGGUCUAAAAGGAGACAGUCUUCAACCUAACAUGAUGCCAUGACAUUGCUCAGAGUCCAACCAUUGUUUUAACUUGAGAAGGUUCCUAAACAGAUUACAAAUGGUGUGGAUUUUUAUCAUGAACCGGAUGAACCCACAGAGCAGUUCUCCCAGUCAGCGUAGACGAAUGGCUCUUGGAAUUGUCAUUCUUCUCCUGGUUGAUGUCAUAUGGGUUGCCUCUUCUGAACUCACAUCGUAUGUUUUUACUACGUAUAAUAAACCGUUCUUCAGUACAUUUGCAAAAACAUCCAUGUUUGUUCUUUACCUCUUGGGAUUUAUUGUCUGGAAACCAUGGAGGCAACAGUGCACGCGUGGGUUUCGUGGCAAGCACACAGCUUUUUUUGCAGAUGCUGAAGGUUAUUUUGCUGCUUGUACAACUGACAACACUGUGAACAGUUCUUUGAGUGAACCUUUGUAUGUUCCUGUAAAGUUUCAUGACUUGCCAAAUGAAAAAAGUAGCAGCACUAACAGUGAUAAUGAAAAAGCUCCCAAAAAGCCUCGUGUGAGGUUCAGUAAUAUUAUGGAGAUUCGACAACUCCCAUCAAGUCAUGCAUUGGAAGCAAAGCUGUCUCGAAUGUCUUAUCCACCAGUUAAGGAACAGGACUCAAUAUUAAAAGCUGUAGGGAAGCUUACCGCGUCUCAAGUAGCCAAAAUCAGCUUUUUCUUUUGCUUUGUGUGGUUCUUGGCAAACUUCUCUUAUCAAGAAGCGCUUUCAGACACCCAAGUGGCCAUAGUUAAUAUUCUAUCUUCAACCUCUGGAUUAUUUACCUUAAUCCUAGCUGCGGUUUUUCCAAGUAACAGUGGAGACAGAUUUACCCUUUCAAAAUUGUUAGCUGUCAUUUUAAGCAUUGGAGGUGUUGUCCUUGUGAAUCUAUCUGGGUCUCAGAAAUCUGCUGGAAGAAAUACAAUAGGGUCCCUGUGGUCUCUUGUGGGAGCUAUGCUGUACGCAAUCUACAUAGUUAUGAUAAAACGACAAAUAGACAGAGAAGACAAGCUUGAUAUACCCAUGUUUUUUGGCUUUGUUGGUUUGUUUAAUUUGCUGCUGCUUUGGCCAGGUUUCUUCCUACUACAUUAUACUGGAUUUGAGGCCUUUGAAUUUCCUAGUAAAUUAGUUCUUAUGUGCAUUGUCAUAAAUGGCCUUGUUGGAACUGUUCUCUCUGAAUUCCUCUGGUUGUGGGGCUGCUUUCUUACCUCUUCAUUGAUAGGCACACUUGCUUUGAGCCUUACAAUUCCUCUGUCCAUAAUAGCUGACAUGUGCAUGCAAAAGGUCCAGUUUUCAUGGUUAUUUUUUGCAGGGGCAAUCCCUGUAUUUUUUUCAUUUUUCAUUGUAACUCUUCUAUGUCACUAUAACAACUGGGAUCCAGUAAUGGUGGGAAUUAGAAGAAUUUUUGUGUUCAUUUGCAGAAGACACCGUAUUCAGAGAACCUCUGAGGAAAAUGAGCAAUGUGAAAGUCUAAUUGCAAUGCACAGUGUUUCUCAAGAAGAUGGAGGAGGUGGUUGUUCGUAGACAACAGGUCCUUAUAUAAUGGAUGACAUGGAAUGAUAAUUCAGCGAAGGGACAAUCUCCUGGCAAAUCCUCAUGGAAUCAUGUUUCAGUGCCUCUUCUGAAGCUAUAAAUGUUUCAGUUCUUUUGAAACUUAAAAAUACACUGUCACUUUCUCAAUUUCCAAUCUUGAAUCAGUUUUAUUACAGAGCUACUUUACUGCAGGAAAUUCCAGCCUUUUUUUACAAGACCAGUCUGCCUUAUAGAACUCAGCUGGUGAAAUUACUUGACACACUUGAGGAACUGAAUGCUGUUCUAGUGACUUUUUUUCAAGCUUUCAAUAUUGGUGUUAAAUGCUGGAUAAAAUUUUUACAAAUACUGUUCAAAUUCUGUAAAAAGUCUGUGGAUCGUAAUUUUGUACAAACUUUCAAAUGACAUUCUAAAAUACUCCAGUUGCCUGUAAUAGGUACAGAUUUCCAUUUUAUGAUGUGUAAGCUGUACUUGAAUAGGAACAAAACAAAAGAAAAAAUAUUUUAAUUUAUUAAAAUAACUUCAUUACCGCAGGAGCUGGUGUGGCUCCCCAACACUACAUAAACACUCUUCAUUGUAGGAGUUUGGGUGCCUUGUGUUUGAAAUACCUAUUCUCUCCUAAUAAAUUCAACAUUUUAAAGAACUGUUCAUGUAAAAGAUCAAUAACAUUGAAA